AAAAAAAAAAAAAAAAAUGGAAGCUCGCUUUUUCUUUCUUGCUGCUUUUUUUUCUUACUUUACCUUAAUCUAAUUCUCUAGCCAUCUUUUGUUCAAUAUGAAGCUGUACUCUAUUCUUAUUUUGCGUAAAGUCGGUGAUAAAGCCAAGAUUUUGGCUUCUCAGUUUGACUUGUCGAGUUUUGGCUACUUUCAACGCAGCAGUGUGCAAGAAUUUAUGAACUUCUCGGCAGCUACUAUUGCGGAGCGUACAGCUGUGGGACAAAGACAAAGUGUGGAAAGUGAAAACAAUGUGGCGCACGUAUACAGCCAUCCGCAGAAUAUUGUUGGUGUGAUUGUCAGCGAUAAAGAGUACCCUUCAAGAGUCGCAUUUUCCUUGCUCAACAAAGUGUUGGACGAAUUCCUUGUCAAGUUCCCUGCCUCGAAAUGGGAUAAUCCUCCACUGAACUAUCCUGAAUUAACCGACUACUUGCGCAAAUAUCAAGACCCCAAACAGGCCGACGCUAUUAUGAAAGUACAGAAUGAACUCGACGAAACGACCGCCAUUCUCCAUAAAACAAUCGACUCUGUGCUUCAGCGUGGUGAAAAGCUGGACUCCUUGGUGGAUAGAUCAGAAGCGUUAUCCAGCCAAUCGAAAAUGUUCUACAAAACCGCUAAACGGACCAACUCGUGCUGUGUUGUUAUGUAACUUCUUUUUCCUGACGGAUCCUUUCCUGCAUUGAUUUUACUUUUUUGUCAAGAGAGAAGAAAUACCAUUCGAGAAACAUCCUUUUUAAUUAUGUAUAUGGCGAAUGAGUAUCGAGAUAGACACUGUAAUCCUUAUUGAAACGAGCUUACCGUUUUUUGUUUUUUUGUUUUUUUUUUAUUUUUGGUCUUUCCAUUCUUCUAUACUCAAAAACAAAGAACCUGCUGUUAUUAACUGCUUAUUGAGGAAUAAACUCUAUGUUCGGUUGUGGAAAGAAAA